GUCAUGUUUGCGUGUUCACAUUUUCCCUCGACAAACUUCUGUUUACCUCAUCAACCAACACGUUUUAGUCAUAUUGUCACAUUGUAGACUUUCAGUCCGUCAGUUUCAGAUCUGCAGAACCAGACGCACGGUUGUUUACAAUGUGGCACACUUCACAAACAACAUACUGACAACUAAAAAUAAGCAGCCAUCAUCUCACUGCACCCUGCCUUUGCUGUGCACUAAUACAUCUUUCAAAUGAAAAGGAGGUUUUUAAAAAGUCAUCGUCAUGCUUUAUCGUGCUUUUUAUUGACACUAUGAAAGUACGUUGACAGUUACUGUAAAGUCUUUGUAUGCUGAAACAUGCAUGGUCAAUAGAGUUUAUGAUUAAAGCUAAAUUGAUUUUGCUUUUCUGAUGACUGGUUAUGAAGCACAGCAUAUUAUACAUUUAAUGAACACAGCCAGUUUGUUAUUAUAAGAAUAGUAAUUUGGUAGCACUUUAAUUGAAACAGCCUAAUUUAGCAUUUAUAAGGUUUAAAAGACACUGUAAUGAAGUUGUACAUGUCUAUGUGGUUUUAUAAUAUACAGAAUGUAUGAACGAUUCUAAUUUCCUGUAAUGAAGACAUAUAUACAUGCUAUAUUGUCAGUCAUUAUCCGGUAAACCAGCUCUGCAAAAUUACAUUAAUAGUUACAACUUGUAAAUUUCCUCAUGACUGACCACCAUUUCAUUAAAGUGUGUAAUAAACUGUUUAUUAAAUGCUCAUAAUGCUGCUCAUGAUUGCCUUAAUGUCAACAACCACAUUUUCCACUUGAUCACUCUACUGCUGUUGAGCCCAAAGCGAAUCACAAUUGAAAUUAAAAAAAACAUCUUAAAGUCACAGUAAAUGAAUAAAAUCAACCAAACUUAAAAUGUGAAAUAUUCAGCAGUUUAUUGUGCCCUGUGUUUAUCACAGUAUUUGAGUAUGUGAGGCUACUCCUGCAUGAUGAUUGGCUGCUGAGAGGAGGGGACAGUGCACAGACCCUGACAAAAUGUGGAGCUUCAUGGUCUCCUCUGACAAAUCAUCAAUGGCCAGGAACCUGUAGCAGACACACUCUAUUGCUCCCACCCGCAGACAUUUUACAGAAGUCAAAAGUUCCUUUUUCAUUUUGCAGUCAAACGGCGGGCCUUCUUUAUUCCAUUUUAUCUGACACAGCUGGAGGCCUCCAGGAGUAGCGGAGUUCAUAAGUGUAUGCUAUAGAAUAAGAGAAAGAGACAUUUUUUUGGUUUUGGUUGAGAGGAAAUUUUGAAACAUUGUGCAAUGGUGCCGCAAAAGUUUUGAAAGGCUGUGAGGAGUUUUGCCAGCAAAGCGUCUGAGAGCCGCUCCGUUGGAGAAGAGGUCUCCAUGUUGCAUCCAUACAGAAUGGAGAGCUACCUCAUCCCGCCUCACUCAGAAGAAAUGUACGAUCCUGAGAUGUACAGACAUCAAAUUGCAGAAUAUUAUAAUCCGUAUGUCCUAGAUGCAGACAUCCCGGCAGAUCACUGGGACUACCACCCUCACCCUCACGUACACCCCGCAGAGUACGAAAACCACCAAGAGGCCAACUUCACGGAGCUGCAGAGCGUACAGGCCCUGCACGCGCCAGGCCUCAUACGUCAUGAGGCCAUUAGAUACGACACAGAAAACAUGCUCGAUCCCAACCUCGGUGCACAUCCACACGUGUUACAGCAGCCAGUACCCUUCUUCCCUCGGCCUGCGUAUCCAACACACAUGUCCCAGCGCAGCUCUGAUGACGAGGACCGUGGAGGACGAAGUCCCCCGCUGGAGGUGUCUGAUGAGGAGUGUCAGAGAGAUCGAAUGACUUAUGUCACACCGGGAGAUCUGGGCAAUAAAAAGAAGAUCCGCUUGUAUCAGUUCCUGUUGGACCUUUUACGAAACGGUGAAAUGAAGGACAGUAUCUGGUGGAUUGACAGAGACAAAGGAACAUUCCAGUUUUCUUCCAAACACAAGGAGGCUCUCGCACAUCGCUGGGGAGUCCAGAAGGGAAACCGCAAAAAAAUGACCUAUCAGAAGAUGGCACGUGCGUUACGCAACUAUGGCAAAACUGGAGAGGUGAAAAAGAUAAAGAAGAAGCUGACGUACCAGUUCAGCGAUGAGGUGCUGGGGAAGAGUCAUCUGGAGAGAAAACCAUAUAUGUAGGUAGGAGGGAUACUGAAAUGUCAAGAUUUACUCAUGACAGGUGUUGAUAGUGGAGGUGUAGUUUCUGGUGUUAGAUGCUUAAUCAACUUGCUAAACUGGUAAAUAGUCCCAUGUGAAUAGUCCCAUUUCUGCUGUACAGUGGGAUCAGUCUUAUGGCGAUACUAGCUAAUGCAGCAUAUAGGUACGAAACAAGAGACUUCCACAUCCCUGAAGACUCUUUCUGUACAGCACGACAUGUUGGAAGACCUCUUAGUGUCAUCCAAAGUAGAGAAGAAAUAGCAUAGAAAGCUCAGUUAGGCUUUUCUUUCUGAAUGUCUGGAGAAUAGAAUGCUUCAAAGUAGCAGGAGCAGUUAUGAAAAUGUGCAACCUGCCAUUUGCAAAUGUGUACAGAGAUUUGUGAAUGGGAAGCAUUAGAACAAAUCUCCUGUUGUGAAAUUUGUCCCUUUUAGCUGCCUCGGAUUUACCAUGAGGGAUGUAAACGCGCCCUCUAAACCCUGCCAGCAACCAGGCGGGGGCGGCGAGCUGCUUUGUAGUGCAGCAAUAUAAAUAAAUUGGCAAACGAGUGCACAUUUCAAAAGCCACAGGAAGCAGCCGGCCACACAAAUGAAUGAACAUUAUAUAUACGAGGUGCUAAUCUGUAAUCAGAUCACAUUAGAGAGCAUAAACAUCAGGACACUGGCUUUCAAAUCUGGAUAUGUAUUCGCAAUCUUUGCUCACAUCUCCAGAUCUGGGUAUAUUAUACAUUUUAUGAUUUUAUUUGAUUUUUGGGAAGUAGUAAACAUACUGACUUUGCCAGGAAGAGAAGACUGAUGCCACUCGGUCCAGUAAACAUUAGGCUAUGGCCAGCUGGGGGUUAACUUAGCUUAGCAUUAAGAGUGGAAGCAGGGGGAAACAGCAAGCCUGGCUUUUUCCAAACGUAGCAGUAGUCAAAGUCUUCCAGCGCAUCAAAAGCUCACUAACAAGCACAUUAUAUUUUAUCUUUUGUUUAAUCAGUACGCAAACAGUUUCCACUGAGCUAUUUUCUGGCCUAGUUCUUGUCAGGGAGCAGUGACUUCCUGUCAAUACUGUGACUCUGAUUCAAACUUCUUCACUUUAUAGAUACAAGAGUGGCAUCAGUCUUCCCCUCUAACACCUGGUAUGACAGUAAAAGACCACGACAUGUCAAACUAUUCCUUUAAUGACUAUAAUUGAUAUUACUGUGUACGGUCACAGGGCGGAAGGGGAAAGAGAGAAGGGGAUGUUGCAGCUACAUGGCAGGCAUCUCAGACCCUGGGUCACUGAGACGCCCAGUACGCAUUUUUAAACGUGGCUGCACACACAUAUCAGUGCAUAUUGUGUCUGGAAAUGUAUGUUUACGCAUUUUCAAUGUUAAAGUUCUUGUUUCACGACAUUUAACCACUAUUUGUCCAUGGAGAGUUUAUGGUUUGUAAUGUCACAUUUGGCCCCCGACCUUCAUCCCACUGCCUCUCUCUCUCUCUGGACAUGCUUUAGUUCUCUUUUAACUGUGGGUAAUACUACUAUACUGUGUGUAUAUAUCAACAUUACCAUGAAAUAUUUAAACCGAAAGGAGACACAAAGAAUUUGUUAAUGAGAUAUGACCAUUAUCAUGAUUAUUUACAUGACAAGAAAUGUUUUGUACAUGAAACUCUGUAUGUUACGAUUAAGAAUUGCUUGUAAAAAAUAAAUUGUUUUCAAAUGUU